AUGGGUCUCGGAGGUCCCAUGCCCAUGCCAGGUGGUCCCCGAAAGGCCCCAGGCCUAGGUCCCACUGGACCCAAAGGACCCAAGCCAGGUGGGGCAGGUGAAGGCCUGGGUCCGCUGAAUGACGGGAUCCCUCGACCUUGUUGCAUCGGGAUCGGGGCCGAAGACGGUCGCGGACCUGGGGCGUUCGUCGCAUCGCCUUCUUCGGUCCCGAUCAGUCCCGGUGCCGAGAUGUAUCUCCAACUAGGUCUAGCCAUUGUGAGCUUCGUCCUGUUGAUCACCAUCUACCUACGCCUACGACUUCAUUCGGUCAAGAAGCGCCUUCUUCGGGUUACCACAAAGCUCUGCGAGCUGCAGCGGAUAUGCUACGAAACCUCUGCUGGAGCUGAGCGUAGUCUCAGAAUUGAGGGCUGCCUACGAGCAUCAAAGCAACCCUCGCUACAGCGUCUGGUUCGAGAGUUGGACCGCCUCGCAAAGGAAUACAAAUUUGGAGAGCAUGUAAUUCACCUUGCAGUGACAGCAAUUUUGAAUGCCAAGAAUAUUUCCUCAGAUGCCCAUUCUCCGUUUGUGUCAGGGAUAUCACAGAGCGUCAGGCAAAUUUGGGGUUAUCGUCAGUUGUUCAACCGUUUGGAUGAUAUUCGCCAAACUCAAUAUGAUUGCAAUAACACACAACACGAGGCACAGUUGACAAAUUUGUGGAAUGCACUGGUCCCAACGGAGUCACUGCCAGGCCGACAUGGAAAGCAUUGGAGCUACAUAGGUUUCCAGGGUGAAGAUCCAGCAUCUGACUUCCGUGGAAUGGGACUACUUGGUCUCUACAAUCUCCAGUAUCUGAGCCAUGAAUGUGGAGAGGAGGCACAAAAGCUGCUUUUACAUUCCCAUCACCCCAGUUAUGGGUACUCUUUUGCCAUCAUGGGAAUCAACAUGACCGAUCUGUGCCUCCAACUCUUGCGGGAUGGGACAGCCCGAACCCAUUUUUUCAAUGAAAACUCUAGCAUUCCCACUGAGCAAGACUUUCAUCACUUCUAUGCUUGUGUCUUCAUUCAAUUUGAUUCUUUUUGGAUUGAUUCCAAACCAGAUUCCAUCAUGAACUUCAGUGAUAUUCGGACACGCUUUGAGAUGCAGCUACGGAGGCAACUGCAAGAUCCUAAAGCACAUCUUGUUCUUGAACAUAGAUGAUUUUUCUAUUUGUAGUUUUUUGUUCAAGGUUCACACAUGAAUCAGCUGAUCUCAUAUCUUGCACCUUUUUCCUG